AUGAUGGCUCACGGCGAAUUUUCCCCCCAGCACCAGCGCGUCUACUCCGUCAACAUGAAGGUCCCGACGCGAUUGAGCCUUCGUCUGCUGCCGCAGGCCCUCAAAGGAUCCACGCAUGCACGCCUGAUCCACUCCAGCGCUGCACAGGCGGCCAAUGUCGUCCCCGUUGUCGGGACUGGACCACCGCCUGAGCCGCCGACUCCUGCCACCAGGCCCUUCAACGAUAGGAUUGAGCGCCGCAAACGGCAGGCUGAGCUGCUCAAGGCGACAAAGGUGAUUCGGAAUGCAAAGGAUGGCAAGUCGACGACGUUGAGUGGGAGGUUUUGGAAAGACGUCAGUGUCAAGGAAGUCAAUGGUGCGUUGGAGGUCCAUCUUGACACCAGACCACUACGACACCCCCAAACAAAGGAAAUCGUUCGACUCCCAACCUCCAAACCGAACCUCGCCACCGCCCUCGCCCUCGAAUGGGACACCCUAACAUCAGCACGUCAAUCCACGAAGCAGCACCUCAUACCCCUGACGAGUCUCGUCUGCCGCGCUCUCGACAUCGCAGACGACGACGCAUCGGGCGCUGCAAAAAUCCGCAGAGACGUAACCGCCUCGGUUCUGAGAUACUUGGAUACGGACUCACUGCUAUGCUGGGCGCCUCCUGCCGGCCCACACGAUCUGCGCAACGACGCCGGGGAAUGUCUACGGGACGUACAGAAAAGAGCGGCGGCGGAGACGGUGUCGUUCCUGACGACCCACCAGCCCGAGGGAGUGCGCGAGAUUGUGCAAGGAUGGGUCGAGGGCCUCGAUGCGUGGGAAAUUGUCGGGUUGGAGAGGGCCGUGCUGGCGGGCAAGAGCCUCAUCGCGGCUGCAAGGCUCGUCGCCGAGUGGAGCGAGGGCCCUUCGGGAAAGCGCAACGUCAGCCGCAAGAACCGAUUUGGCAUCCAAGAGGCUGCUAGAGCCGCAAGCCUCGAAGUCGAUUGGCAGAUUACGCAAUGGGGAGAGGUCGAGGACACCCAUGACGUGCAAAAGGAGGAUCUACGGAGGCAGCUUGGGAGUGUGGUGCUGUUGGUCUCGGGGACUGGCCAGGCAGCCUAG